UUCAGGACGACUAACACGUUUGGCCUCCACGACGUCGGCCGGUCCCAACAGUAUCGACUUGCGUGUCUUGCCGGACGUGCUAUUUUGGCAUUUACAGUGUAGAUUGUAUUGCAACAGAAGUGCACCGUGAAGUCUUAAAGGGGCGAAAAUUACAACCGCGACAUGACGGCAAAACCAAAAAGGACUCCAUUCGGUUUGUGCGCGUUAACACCUAUCAUCUGAUUAGUCCACCCGACAGUAAACAUAUAAACACUCCCGCGACAGCUUGUUUCAGACAACGAUGAGAAAACACAACACUGCGAUGGUUUCCGUGGCAUUCACGGUCACAAUAGCCGGCUUAUUUUGCGGGGCUGUGGAAAAUUCGGAAAUUAUGUUCAACGCCGGUAAAUACUGUACUUGCUCCGAAGUGCCAACAGACAACAGAGAGUUACAAUGCACGUGUACCGAUAGCGAAUUGAGAGAAAUCCCGACAAACCUUCCAACAAAUUUACAUCAUCUGACAAUCAUUGACGCGUCAAUAGAAACUUUAAAGAAGGACUCGUUCGCCAAAUACAAACAAAACCUUAGAGACAUAACAUUGAUGAAAUGUAAGAAUUUGAAGAACAUUGAAAGUAACAUUUUCGACGACAUGUAUCAAUUGCGUACCAUUUAUAUCAGUCACGCGCCCAAUCUCAAGGUUAUUGCACCGUCCGUGUUCGACGUAUACUUGCCCAGAUUGAAAAUCCUGAGAAUCGUACAAUCCGGCCUGGAAGUAUGUCCCAGCCUCGGACUGCUGAAGACAAAUAAUCCUCUCCACAUGGUGGAUCUCGAGAACAAUCACAUACAACGGGUGACUCGAGGACAAAUGCCGGUCAGCGCCGAAAUCCUCCUGUUGAAUUACAAUUCCAUCACCGAAGUCGGACCGUCGUCGUUUCACGACACUCAAAUUGCCAAAAUAAGUCUGAGAGGCAAUCGCAGGCUACAAAAGCUGGACGUCGACGCGUUCGUGGGCAUCAAAAGUCUCCGCACUUUGGACUUAUCCGAAACGUCGAUCCGACACCUGCCCACAAGCGGCCUGGAAGAGUUGGACAUAUUGAAAAUCGAACACACGCACACCUUGAAAGUUUUCCCGUCAAUUUACAACUUUAAGAACAUCCAAGAAGCAUGGCUGACGUAUCCGUAUCAUUGCUGUGCUUUUCAUUUUCCACAAACACACAACCCCAAAGAAUAUGCGGAUCACGAGAUGUUUGUGCAAAAAAUGAGUCUUCAAUGCAGGACUAUGACUUCGGAAAUGUCACAGGUCAUUUCCAACUCAUCGACCACAGACAAUUUUUUUUCGGAGGAAGAAACAUUUCACGCCAAUGGAGUGACAGUAGGUACUCAGUUCGUAGCCGUUUGCGGUAACAUUUCCAAAAACUACCAGGCGGUAAAAUGCUACCCCGAGCCGGACGCGUUCAACCCUUGCGAAGACCUAAUGGGCAACUGGACCCUUCGAGUGGCCGUUUGGAUAGUAGCAGUUGCCGCACUGUUGGGCAACAUGGCCGUGCUGUUCGUGUUGCUCAGCAGUCGGUUCAGACUGACCGUACCCAAGUUUCUUAUGUGCAACUUAGCCAUCGCCGACUUUUGCAUGGGCCUCUAUCUGUUGCUCAUAGCCGUCAUGGAUGCCCGAUCGAUUGGACACUACUUCAAUCACGCCAUUUUCUGGCAGAGGGGUGUUGGUUGCCAAGUGGCUGGAUUCCUGACAGUAUUCUCUUGCAUGUUGUCCGUGUUUACUCUGACCAUUAUCACGGGAGAACGUUGGUACACCAUCACAUACGCUAUUCACCUAAACCGACGACUCAAAUUGGGUGCUUCAGUAAACAUAAUGGCUGUUGGUUGGCUGUUCUCAAUUUUAAUGGGUGCCCUGCCACUGUUGGGCACUAGCGGUUACUCGAAAACCAGCAUAUGUCUACCGAUGGAAAAUUCUACUUCCAUGGACAAGCUUUACCUGUUCUCGUUGCUCAUGUUCAACGGGUUGGCGUUCGUUGUGAUUUGCGCUUGUUACGCCAAAAUGUACAUAUCCAUCCGAGGAGGCCGGGAAGCGGUGGCGUCGGUGGCACGGUCCGACAUGACCGUGGCCAAGCGCAUGGCUUUACUCGUGUUCACCGACUUUGCUUGCUGGGCGCCGGUGGCGUUCUUCGGACUGACUGCGCUGGCCGGUUACCCGCUGAUCGACGUGCCCAAGACGAAAAUCCUACUCGUCUUCUUCUAUCCACUCAAUUCGUGCGCCAACCCUUAUCUGUAUGCGCUACUCACGCAACAGUACCGCCGGGACCUAUUUGCCUUGCUCAGCCGUUUCGGAGUGUGCAGCGAUCGGGUCAACGAAUACAAGGGAGGUCCUGGUGGCGGCGGUGGUGUGGGUGGAGGUGGUGGAGUGACAGCUUGUGGCGGCCGCCGAAAGACUUGCCACGACGCGCGGUACGACAGACGGGCAACCGGCGACCAGGGUCAGAUCAAUCAUCGAGGCUCGCUCAUGACCACCGUCACGUCUGUCGAUUCCGUGGUGGCCACAACCAGGCCGGGAUCCUUGACGCCCCUGCAGGAGAACGCGGCCAUCAGUCAGCUGGAACUUUUGCCCCUUCAGCCGAACAAGACCUGACACAUAUCCGAACAGGACGACGAAUCCACUUUAGUCGCCGUCAUUUGUAUUCCUAUGGGGCAGCAAUGAAUACUAAAAUGAACACAUCAAGUUAACAUUUUUCGUUCAAAUGAUAAAUAACCGUCCGGCGGUUGUCCGCAUUUUCUCUUUUACCCAAUUUACAAUACAACCGACCUAUGGUACUUUUUGUAGUAUGACGACUUUCCAUUAUCGUUUAUAAAAUGGUUGUUAAUUAUUAUUGUAUAAUGUACGCUGAAGUAUUUCACUUUUUAUUGCUGUAAAUAACUUAACCUCAUGGAGGAAAAAGGUUUGUAAACGAUCUUUGCAGUAAAAAAACCUAAAGAGAUUCCAAACGGUACAAUGUGUUAUAUUUUAUAAUUUGUAGAGAUUAACGCAAGUCUUUCCAUAAAAUAAAUCACAUUCUAAGUAGACUUAAAUAAAUUAUAAUUUGUUCAUUAGAUAUUAAUCAUGUAUAGAAGCUAAAAAUCGAUUGGUGGUGAUUUUAAAAAUCACCACCACAUUUGAAGAAGUAUUAUUUUUUCUUUGCACUUUUCAAACGAAAACCGGUCAAUACGAUUAUUUUUAAUCGACUAAAAAUU